GCCUGAGGAGGCCAUCUAGUGUCUCUGUCCCUUCCACGCUGAUAUCUGUGACUGCCGUCUUCCCCAGUGACAUCACUUACACGAAGCAAGCUCAAGACCAUAGAUACAUACAUAUACACUCAAUGCUUCGCUCUACAAGACUCAUCCUCGCUAGGCCGCAGACUGUCACACAGAGUAUCGUGUACCGUAGUUAUGCCAAAAAGGCAGACUUGACAAAGAACCCCAAAACAGGGAAAGGCCCCUCCAAGGAUGUCAAGAGCGCAGGGUCUUCCCAUGGUGCGGGCACAGACGCAGCAGGGAAGCCUCAAUCGGGUGGUGAGACACCUGGACUGGAGGAGAAAGGUGGACAUGCGAUUCCCUCGGGGCAAUUCGCUGAGCAGCACGAAGAGGCGCGUAAAGUAGGUGGUGUCACCAACUCGGAUGAGCAGGACCAGCGUGUACGUCCCAACAAGAUUGUUGAGGAAAAGAAGAAGGAUGCCAAGUGAGCAGUAUCGGGCUAUUGAGCACUGCUGGCAUUCAUUCUAUGGGAUUGAGUCUUCUCGUGGGGCUGCCUCUUUGUA